UGCUUAGUUCUGUCUUCAGUUCGUUCAAAGUUCAAACUCCAUUUUUCCUUUUCCAUUUCCACUUCACCAACACUUCACUUUCGUCCAGCUCUGCACUUCACCGUCUUCUGGUGGUCUGUAGACAGGCAACGAAGAUUUGUAUUGUUUUGUUCACCACCGCUGCUAAUCAACACGUGGUAUAGGGAUUGGAAUAGCGCAUCAGUUGCUUCUUCUUUUCUUCUUUUCUUCGUCAUUCGGCUGUGCCAUCUAUAUAGACAGACACCGUUACGUUAUCCAUUACAUACAGUUGGCAUUCGGUCAAUUGCUCGGUGUACUGAGCUGGGCUUUCUACUUGAAACACUUCCAACCUUUCGACGGCCAAGGAGAAAAAAACAGAUGGCCGGAGGACCGGCAGUGGCUGCAAUGCCCGCAAGAGGAGGAGGGCCGCUUGGAGGGACAAUGGGAGCAUCGACUUCCUCAAACUCAUCACUGAUGGCAACGCUCAAACCUGAAGAGCGUCAUGAACUCGAGCAGUACGAAAAGAUCCUGCGCUUCCGCGAUGAGGUGGUCAGCGGUACACACCCGCGCAUUAAGCCAACACAUGUUGGGAAACCGACCAGCGGCCCUGGGCCAGUCCCUCCAGCCAAUGCCUCCUCCACCGCUUCGGCAGGCCAGGCGCCUGGGGGACCAAAGCCGGCUGUGAAUGGGAACCGCGCAAUGACUGAUAACUUGCAGCAGGCAAACCUCAAGAAGCCGGCGGUGACUCUGGGUGGGAAUGUGCUGCCUGGCUUGGGGACCUUGUCCAACUCUUCUUCUACAACUGAGCAGUCCAAGCCGAAAGUCGAAAUCAACCCCAUCUUGUUGGAGAAGUCGGAGGACUUGAUCAAAGCCGAGAUUCAGCUGCAAAGACAGCGGAUCGAGCGUUCUCUCCGCGAAGACUUUGAGCAGCGGAAAGUGUCCCAUAAGGGCGCCCUGCAGCCGUCCGAGCAGCCUGCUGACUUCGACAUUGCCGAUGUGUUGGCCAAAGCAUUGAUUCUGGUUCAAGCAAAUGCCGCUCAAACUACUACUGAUGACACUGUUGCUAACGCUUCAGCUUCGGGCGACUCGUUCGAUGACAACACCUUUUACUCGAGCCAACACGGCACCCCCGACUCGCACCACCAGCUAGCUCGCGUUCCUAACGAGUCCGAAGACGAGCAGAUGCGCGACGGCUCUCCCUACGAACCCGAGCUAGACCUCGAACCCCUUGCGGUCCCAGCCGCCAACCACCCCAAGCCUCCUCUCCCGAGUGCGCCGGCAGCACCUGCAAACCAACCGUUCAACGUAAACGUGCCGGACACGUCGAGCGCGGCUACAAGUGUCAGCAGGGCUGCUCGCCAAUUCCCCCCGUCCGAAGCUGUCAGUUCUCGUGACAGUGGCCCGGCAAGUCGGUCCGAAGAGUCGACGACCCAUACAGGAAAGGAACGGGGUGGUGGUGGUGGUGGCUCGCGAGACUUGUCGAGAGUUAACGAGCAGCUAUUGAGACAGGCGGUAGGACCUGCGGGGUCACCAGUUGUUCGUGCCCAUAAUCUUUCCCCUUUCGCACCCCAGCCAUCCCGUGUCUCCCCCUUGCCUACUGCUGCUCUUGAACAGCCGAUUGCUCUAUCGGAGACGGGCGGUCGUCGGGCCACUCCGCCUCCGGCCCAGGGGGUUGCUGCUCUCAGGAAGCAGCCCUCAGCUGUCUCUAGCCCGGAAAGCUCACCCCACGGAGGAGAGAGGCCCGGGGAGAGGAAGAAGAACAAGAAAAAGAAGAGAAAGGCAGAUCGACUUGCCGAGGCCGCUGCCGCAUCGCCGUACAUUAAGCCUGAACCGCGAUCCCCAUCUCCCAUGUCAGCUCCCCAGUACACACGUCCGGCCAAGCGUCAGAAACAGGGGCAGCAACAACACCACCACCAAGGACCUGAUUAUGAUGAUGCAAGGUAUGGACAGCCAGGUUCCGUAGAGGGUGCCUAUCAAGAGCGCCUGCAGCCAAGAGUACAGAGGGAGGAGCGGGUUGUGGGAUAUGAGCGGGAAAUCGACCCUCGUCCGCGUCUCGAGGGCGAGCCUCUGCUCGCCACCCCCAGGUAUGAAAGGGUCUACUACGAUGAUCCCAGAGCACCAUUCAGUGGUGGUCGGUUGCCCGGCUCGCCAGGCAUGCAUCCUUCCCCUUACAUCCCCCGCGAGGUGCGCGUGGCACCGAGGAACGUGAUUUACGAGGUUCCUCCGGCAGAUGAUGGUUAUUAUCGCGAUGUUCGUGCUGCUUCAAGGAUGAGCAUGCGCCCAGCAGCGUAUCGUGAGCGCUCUUCACGAUCACCAGUUGCGUACGAGCGUGUUGCACAGCCAAUGGCUCCUCCUCCCAGGAUGCCCGCCACUCGCAUCGUUGUUGAUGCUUUCGGCCGGGAAUACAUCGAGCCGCCCCGGCCCCAAAGUGUGGUUGCAGAUAGACCCGAGAUUGUGUAUGCUCGCCCGCCGCCGCCGCCGCCGCCUCCACGUGCUGUUACCCGGAGGCCUGAAGGCUAUGAUGACGAGGUAAUGGUUUACGAACCAACUUCACCCGGUUAUACUCCUCAGCGACGUGUCAUUGCUCAGCCAGAGUACGUUACCCCUGAACAUAGAGUGUACAGGGAGCGUGCUUAUUCCACUCACCCCAUGGCCCCACCGUCCGGCGACUACGUGCCGUCCAGACUGCGGCCUGUUGUCGAGACGCCUCCGGACUACAUCGCGAGACCGGGUAGCGUUCGUCCGCCGAUGGAUCCCCCUCGCUACGAGAGUGUUGCAGCUUACGACCUGCGGGCGGUGGACGAGCGCCCGCGCGAAUACUAUGGCGGCAGAGCAGCUAGUGUCCGGCCAGUGGCAGAGGCAGUCCGCUACGAGGCUCCUCCUCCUCCUGCUCCUCCUCUUGGUUACGAAAGACGCAUGGGAGGAGAGCCGAGCCUCAGGGAAUAUGCCACGAUUCGUUCAGCAAGCGUCAGGCCACCCCCUCUUGAUGCGGCCUCUAGGUAUGAGGUCAGAGGCGACUACGGAGCAAGGCUGGGAAGUGUGCAGCCGGAGAUGGUCGGUCGUGAAUAUCAGGGACGUCAGGAGUUACGAAGGGAAGUUAUGCAUCCGCCUCCGCCGCCGCCGCCGGUGGGAGGGCGCGCUUAUAGCGUGUUUCCGCCCGAGCAGCCGCCUACUCAGGUGAUGCGUGGAGAUGGUGGUGCGUAUGGGGAUGAGAGGUAUUAUGCAAGGCCACCGCCUGCCCAGCAGCAGCAGCACCAGGAGGAUGAUGAGGUUGUUUACUUGGACCGGCCUCCCAUGCGGGAUGUUUAUCGGUAAUAAGAUUGGGGUUUCAUGAGGAGGGAGAACCCAAAAGAUGGAACCUGGACGUUUUGGUAAAUUCAAGGCAGGGACGGGCUUGAAGGGAAUCGGUUGGUUUCUGCUUUUUUGGAAAACAUGUGAUAGAACUAGAUGUUCUAUCCUCAACGUUACUGAUGUACAUCUUUAUUCCCAUAUGGUGUAAAGCGAGUGUGGAGUAUCAACUGGCAGGAUAGCUUGUUUGUACGAGGAGACGGUAUAUAUUAUAUAGGUAGCGCGGAUGAGGAAACAUGUCAUAUUACCAGCGUCCAAAAAGGAAACAUCAGCGCUAUGGGCUGCAGAGUAUGAGCAG